UACCUCCACAUUGGUGACCCCUGUAGCGAACAUGCUAAGGCUCGACGACGAAGCCAGCUCCGGCCUGGAAGCAUCGGCUGCCGCCGGACUUUCACCUUCGCCGAUGGCUGCAUUUGCUGUGGCGCUUAAAUUGCCGGAUUUUUGGCUUCACAAUCCUCCUCCAUGGUUCGUGCACAUAGAAGCUCAGUUUUCUCUUCGUGGAGUUUCAGCCGACGAUACUAAAUACCACCAUGUGGUGGCCUCACUUGACCCGCUCUCAACCCGCCGCGUGAUGACUCUCCUCUGGGACCCCCAGCCCAAGGCAAGUACACCGCCCUCAAGGCGCUGCUGCUGCGGCGUUACUCCCUCUCUGAUGCUGAGCGGGCCGAGAAACUCCUUUCCCUCGCGGGCCUGGGCGACGGCACCGCUCUCGAGCUCAUGGAGAGCAUGCUGUCCUUGCUGGGCGCGGAUGACGGAGGAUUUCUCUUCACCCACCUCUUUCUCCGACAGCUGCCGGCUCCAGUGCGCGCUGGACUUGCCAACUCCCCGCUAUUGGCCACGAAGGAUUACCGCUCCCUUGCGGAAGAGGCAGAUCGCAUCCUCCUGGCUACCAGGAGUUUCGGCGUCCAGGCGAUUGUUCAGGACUCACCAGCGUUUUCUCCCGCCCCCUCACCAAUGCUCCAGGGGGCCUCCGACUCGUCCACAGUGGCCGGAAUCGCUGCACGGCGGCACCACGGAAAAGGGCUUUGCUUUUAUCACCAGCGUUUUGGAGCGAAGGCACGGCGCUGUCUCCCGCCUUGCAGUUUCCAGACCCAGGGAAACGGGCAUGUCAGCGCUCUGUAGCAGCCGCGACCGCUGGCAACAAGGAAAGGCUGCUUUUCUUAGAGGACUCACGCUCGGGGAGGAUUUCCUGGUGGACUCCGGCUCACAGAAGAGCCUUCUUCUGUCUGGCUCAGACAGGCUAGCUGAGGGCUGCGGGCCAUUGCUAACAGCGGCUAAUGGCUCUCCCAUCAAAACCUUCGGUGAAAGGUUGGUGACUGUUUGCUUUCAUGACCGUGACUUUCAGUGGAACUUUGUUGUUGCUGCUAGCUCUGUGCCUAUAAUAGGCGCUGAUUUUCUUUGUGCUCACGGACUGCUGGUUGAUGUUGCUAACAGAUGUUUAAUUGAUGCUGUGUCAUUUUCCUCAUUACCCUGUUUGACUUGGGGUGCUCAGCCCGUGGUGCAUGCUAACUCAGUAGAUUCGGGUGACGUUUUUCAGUGUUUGCUUUCUGAGUUUCCCUCACUCACUGUCCCCACUUUCUCGAGCACUGUGACGAAGCAUGGGGUGGAGCAUUACAUAACUACAGUAGGGCCCCCGGUGUUCGCGCGCGCGCGCCGCCUCGACCCUGCCAAAUUGGCUGUUGCUCGGGAGGAAUUUGCCACCAUGGAGCGUCUGGGCAUCGUACAGCGUUCGAAUAGUGCCUGGGCUUCCCCGUUACACAUGGUCCCUAAAUCUGAUGGUCGGUGGCAACCUUGUGGGGAUUUCCGCCGUCUUAAUAAUGUCACACAGAACGAUCGUUAUUGUAUUCCCCACAUCCAAGAUUUUUCCGCCCAUCUUGCGGGGACCUCGGUUUUUUCAAAGAUCGAUUUGGUACGGGGAUAUCGUGCAGGACGGUGGUCCCCUCCUGGUCUGUGAUGUUUCCACCGGCCGCCCUCGCCCAGUGGUUCCCGUUUCCUGGCGUCGUCAAGUUUUUGACUCGGUACAUGCUCUCUCUCAUCCGGGGGUCCGGGCCUCUGUUAAACUGGUCAGCUCUAAAUUUGUUUGGCCAGGCCUUCGCAAAUCUGUUAAGGAAUGGGUGUCGGCGUGCAUUCCCUGCCAGCGUGCGAAGGUUCAUAAACACACCAAGGCACCCCUGGAGCAGCUCUUCAUACCCGGCAAACGUUUCGAUCAUGUGCAUGUCGAUCUGGUGGGUCCUCUGCCACAGUCACAAGGUUUUACGCACCUUUUGACUGUUGACCGGACCACCAGUUGGCCGGAGGCGUCCCCCUGGCGUCCACUACCGCAGCAGUGGUGGCCAAGGCGUUUUUGUCAACCUGGGUCUCACGUUUCGGCCCACCUGCGGACAUUACGUCAGACAGAGGCCCCCAGUUCAUUUCCGAGCUUUGGUCGGCCAUGGCUGAUGGACUGGGGGCUUAAGUCCACCGCACAACCGCAUACAACCCGCAAGCUAAUGGGAUGUGUGAACGGUUCUACCGGUCGCUUAAGGCUGCUUUUCGCGCCUCCUUACAA